CCUCCUCGUGGCCGUCCCCCCGGGGCUCCCCGCGCUGGCGGGCUGCGAUUUUGGGGACAUUUCCGUCCUCCUCGUGGCCGUCCCCCCGGGGCUCCCCGCGCUGGCGGGCUGCGAUUUUGGGGACAUUUCCGUGUACUUUGGGGACAUUUCUGUGUAUUAUUUUGCCUCCUCGUGGCCGUCCCCCCGGGGCUCCCCGCGCUGGCAGGCCGCCGUGGCCCCGGCGCUGGUGCGGAACGGGGUCCGCCUCCGCGGGAACCGCCUGGUGGUGCCGCGGGACGGGCUCUACUUCGUCUACGCCGCCGCCGCUUUCCAGGGGUCUCGCUGCGGGGCCGGGGGCGGCCCGAGGCGGCCGCUGCGCCUCGCCGUGUCCCGCCUGUCCCCCGAGUACCCCCGGGACGUGCCGCUGCUGCGGGCGGCGCGCUCGCCCUGCCGCGGGGGCGGGGGGCUCUGGGCUGAGACCCUCUACCAGGGCGCCGUGUUCCAGCUGCGCCGCGGGGACCAGCUGGCCGCCACCACCUCGCCGGGGAGGUUCCUGGACCUGCACGGGCCCGGGCAGGCGUAUUUUGGGG